AUGGAACCCUCUACUAAUGCCCCCCCUUCCCAAACAACACCCGCUGCCCAAGCUGGACCUGCUGUCCAAGCUGAACCUGUUCCCACUCCAAUAAAUGCUGAGGCACUUCCACCUAGACCUAGUGAUAAAACCAAAGUGAGUGAGAUAGCUGUUGAUUGUGGUAAUAAUAGGAAGAAGUCUACUGCUUGGGAUCAUUUUGAAAAAAUAAAAAUCAGUGAGGGUCAAUUUAAGGCUGUCUGCCAUUAUUGCCAAAAAACUUACCGUGCUAAUAGUAAGGGUCAUGGUACUACUAAUUUAUUGAAUCAUACACCAAAUUGUGUUAAGAACCCUAAUAGAGCUUCACUUAAAGGGCAACAAACCUUAGCAUUUGAACCCAAAAUGAAUGGGGAGGAAGGGUUUAAGCUUGUACCAACAGCCUUUACUGUUGAGGCUUCUAGGAAGGCACUCGCAGAAAUGAUUAUAAUAGACGAGUUGCCUUUUAGGUUUGUUGAAGGGUAUGGGUUUCAAAAAUAUUCAACAACCUUACAACCUAAGUUGCAAAUUAGGGAUAUCCCAUCUCAUCAAACUGUGGCUAGAGAUGUGAUUAGCAUUUAUGGUGUUGAGAGAGAGAAACUAAGGGAAGCCUUGAAAGGUCGUAGGGUGUGCCUUACUACGGACACAUGGACUAGUAUUCAAAAUCUGAAUUAUAUGUCCCUCACAGGUCAUUUUAUUGAUGAUGAUUGGAACUUGCAUAAGAGAAUUUUGAAUUUUUGUCUAGUGGAAGACCAUAGGGGGGAGACUAUAGGUAGAAAGAUUGAGAUGUGUCUCCGUGAGUGGGGUGUUGAUGGCAUAUUCACCUUGACAGUGGAUAAUGCUUCCUCUAAUGAUGGUAUGAAAGAAAUUGAUGCGUCCAUUGCUAAGGUGCGUGAAGCAGUGAGGUGGAACUCUACCUAUCUCAUGUUAAAUACUGCUGAAAAAUUUGAGAAAGUGUUCCUAAGAAUGGACUUUGAGGAUGAUAGCUAUUCUUCAUACUUUUUGAACAAGGAAAAUAGUGGUGGUUUGGGAUCUCCUUGUGGGGUUGAUUUUCAAAAUUGUAGGACAUUUGUGGGUUUCUUGAAACUUUUUUACAAUGCAACUAAAAAGUUCUCCGGUUCUUUGUAUGUGACUUCAAAUACCUUCUUUGAUGAGAUGUUUGUGAUUCAAGAAAAUAUUGCUCAUUUAAUUAAAUCUCAAAAUCAUCUCUUGAAAAACAUGGCAACUAAAAUGGAAGCUAAGUUUGAAAAGUACUGGGGGAAAGGGGAUAAAAUUAAUAAGCUUUUGUAUGUGGCUGUGGUGCUUGAUCCAAGGAAGAAAAUGAGGUUUUUGAAGUUUUCUUUUUUUGAAAUAUAUGGGAAUGAAGUGGCUAAUGAGAUGGUUGACUUGGUGGGGAAUUUUAUGGCUAGGUUGUAUGAUGAUUACUCUAGGGUUGAUUCACCAAAUGUGGUGCUACCAAGUGAGAAUGAGAGGACACACAUGGAAGGUGAUACAGUUGGUUGUAGUGAUCCGUAUGCAAUGGUUAAUUCACGAUAUGAGCGGUUUUUAGAGGUUGAGAAGUCUAUAGGGUGUAGCAAUGAGAUGGAAAAAUAUUUGGCUGAAAAUUGUGAGAGUAGAAGGGAUGGGAAAUUUGAGAUUUUGAGGUGGUGGAAAGCCAAUUCAGAUAGGUACCCAGUGCUGUCCAAAAUGGCUAGGGAUGUGCUGGCUGUACCUGUUUCUACGGUUGCUUCAGAAUCGGCUUUUAGUACCGGAGGGCGCAUACUUGAUCCAUUUCGAAGUUCACUCUCCCCUCUCAUGGUUCAAAAUCUUAUUUGUGCUCAAAACUGGUUGCAAGCCCAUGUCCCAAUUUCUUUUCGCAAGUCAAAGGACGAGAUGGAGGCCUUGGAGGAUGAAUUUCAUGAAUUGGUUUUAAAUCAAGCAACAACAGCAGCAAGUUCUAGUUCCUGUUCAAACAAAGGUGGUACUCGUACCACAGUCAAUAUUGAUGAAUGA